AUGGCUGGAAAGAUCGGCCUGAACGUUAUGCAGUUUGAUCUUCCCCACCGAUGCAGAGAGGAAGAGGUUGUGAUCGAGGAGAUCUUGAGAUUAAAUGAAGGAUUCUCGUGUUCAUGGUCAUUUUUUUUGCACCUUCCUCUCAGUCCUUUCUCUCCAAAAGUCCGUAAUGCCAUCAAGCCACAGAAAGAUGUGGAUGGGGUCUCUGAUCUUAAUGUUGGCCGUGUGGUGUUGGGGGGAUCAGAGACAUGGCUUUGCCUCACCUAUGCCCCAUUGGUUGGCAAGAUGGCAGUGCUGCUGGGUCUUGAGGGACACCUGAAGAAUGACAAAAUUUUCAUUUUGGGAUGGAGUAACCCUUUAAUUGUCUGUCUGUCUGUCUGUCUGUCUUUCUUUCAGAUCCUGGAUUCGGAUGUGGUGGUAUUCUUAGAAACUGGCCACAAGGGCCUCCCACCCACUUGGUUAAGACCGGGGGUGGCAGUCAUUAACCUCAGCUCAGCCCUAAUGGAAGAGCAACCUGACAGUUGGGAGCACAGGGCUGAAGCUGAAUCUAGUGCUGGAGUUGGGCCUCUAAGUGCUGUGCUUAGAAUGCAGCAUGUAGUGAGGAGCAGCAGGAGGUGGAUACAAGAACAGCAGUACCAGCCAUGGAGGCUCCGCCCCUUUAAACUUCAACCACUGUCACCUGUUGAUAUAGAGAUCUCCAGGGCACAGACUCCCAAACCCAUAUCCCAGCUGGCUCAGGAGAUUGGGCUGCUUCCAGCGGAGCUGGAGGCCUACGGAAACACCAAAGCCAAAGUCCAUUUGUCCCUUCUCAACCGCCUCCAACAUCAGCCUAAUGGCAAAUAUGUCCUGGUGGCAGGUAUAACUCCCACUCCUCUGGGUGAAGGGAAGAGUACAGUGACCAUAGGUCUUGUCCAGGCCCUCUCUGCUCAUCUUAAGCUCAACUCUUUUGCUUGCCUGCGACAGCCUUCCCAGGGCCCAACAUUUGGUGUCAAAGGAGGAGCAGCGGGUGGGGGAUAUGCACAGGUCAUUCCUAUGGAGGAGUUUAAUCUCCACCUCACAGGAGACAUCCACGCUAUAACAGCAGCCAAUAAUCUAGUGGCAGCAGCUAUCGAUGCCCGCAUUCUCCAUGAAGCUACUCAAUCAGACAGGGCCCUGUACAGCAGACUAGUGCCAUCUGUUAACGGUGUGAGAUGCUUCUCUCCUAUACAGAUGGCUCGCCUACAGCGUCUUGGAAUAAACAAAUCUGACCCCAGUGACCUCACACCAGAAGAGAUCAGGGCAUUUGUCCGUCUUGACCUUGACCCUGAGAAGGUCACAUGGCAGAGAGUUGUUGAUACCAAUGACAGAUUUCUGCGCAAGAUCACUGUUGGUCAGGCCAACACCGAAAAAGGCCAUGCUCGCCAGACCCAGUUUGAUAUUGCGGUGGCCAGUGAGAUCAUGGCUAUCCUUGCUCUAACAGAUGGACUUGGUGAUAUGCGGGCCAGGCUGGGACGCAUGGUUGUGGGCAGCAGCAGAAACGGCCAGCCGAUCACUGCAGAUGACUUGGGUGUAACCGGGGCUUUGGCAGUCCUCAUGAAAGAUGCUAUCAAACCCACACUGAUGCAGACGCUGGAGGGCACUCCGGUGUUUGUGCAUGCUGGACCUUUCGCUAACAUCGCCCAUGGAAACUCCUCUGUCUUGGCAGACAAGUUGGCUCUUAAACUAGUUGGAGAAGAGGGCUAUGUUGUGACAGAGGCUGGCUUUGGUGCUGACAUUGGCAUGGAGAAGUUCUUCAACAUUAAGUGUCGGACGUCUGGGCUCACACCUGAUGUUGUGGUGCUGGUAGCUACUGUUCGGGCUCUGAAGAUGCAUGGAGGUGGACCAAAUGUUACAGCUGGUGUACCACUGCCUAAAGAAUAUAUCAAUGAGAAUUUGCAGCUGGUUGCAGAUGGCUGCAGUAACCUUAAGAAGCAGAUUCAGAUCACUCAUCUCUUUGGAGUCCCUGUGAUUGUUGCUCUGAAUGUCUUCAAGACUGACACUCAAGCAGAGAUCGACAUGGUGUGCCGCAUCGCAGAGGCUUCUGGGGCUUCAGCUGCUGUGCAGUGUCAUCAUUGGUCCAGAGGUGGACGGGGCUCUGUGGAGCUGGCACAUGCUGUGAAGAAAGUUGCAUCUCAGAAGAACCAUUUCCAGUUCCUGUACAAUCUCCAGGAUUCUAUUGUAGAGAAAAUUCGGACUAUUGCACAGAAGGUUUAUGGUGCUGAUGAUAUUGAGCUUUCACCUGAGGCUCAAGCUAAGAUAGACUACUACAAUCAACAGGGUUUUAGUGCUCUUCCCAUCUGCAUGGCCAAGACCCACCUGUCUCUCUCUCAUAUGCCUGAGAAAAAAGGUGUUCCCACCGGUUUUAUCCUGCCAAUCAGAGACAUUCGUGCCAGCAUCGGGGCAGGGUUUAUCUACCCUUUAGUUGGAACUAUGAGCACCAUGCCAGGCUUGCCUACGCGACCCUGUUUCUAUGACAUUGACCUUGAUCCUGUGACGGAGGAGAUAAAAGGACUCUUCUGAGGACAUUUCUGCAGUCCCAUACAUGCUUUUGACCAGUGUUCCCCAGUUUCUGUGUAGGCCUCCAUUCAUAUGCCACUGAUUACAGCUCAUCCACUGCCUUCUAGCAAUGAAACUACUAAGUGUUAGAUUAACAAACAUUCCUCCUCCUUUGGUUUGCACAGGUUUUUUUUAAAACCACGUUUAACUCCUAAAUGUUAGCUAGCUUUAUGAUUUUUGUAUUUAGCAGUAACUUCUUGUUUUCCCUCAUAUUUUAAUUUAAUUUUUAGUUGAUGGUUUGAAGACUUGAAGUGUGAAGUUUUAAGCUUUACAUUUUGUUGCUGUAAACCCUUCUGUUUACAUAGUGAUUUUGUGUUUACAACCUAAUGAUGCACAACAUUUUAUAUAGCUAAAAAUUCCAUUAAUGCUUUAAUAUAUCUGUUUUAAAUGUUUCAGAUUACCUAUGGAAUAUGGUAACAAUAUUCAAGCAAACUCAAUUUCUUUUCUUUUUAUUUUAUUCUAUAACAUUAAAUCUUGUUUAACAGUUUCAGUGUUACAGCCAAAUAUGACAUAAAUCUUAAAGGGAUACUCCACCCCAAAAUGAAAAUGUUGUCAUUAAUCACUUAUAGCCCAUGUCGCUCCAAACCCGUGAA